UGCAUCAGGUGACUAACUGGCUUCCUGAGUUUUAGUCUUCCUUGUUUUGACUUCAUUUCCAGCCCCUCCCUCCCAAGGUGGCCUAAUCUCCACCCAUGUCCCCUGCCCCUUCCACAACUGCAGGUGGAUCGAGUGGCUCUGAGGAAGCCAUGUCUCCCAGAGGGCCCCAUGCCGCCGUGCUGCUGAUGUUCCUGAUGCUGACCCUGAUGUCUUCCCGGCCGACCGCGGACGGCAGGGAAACACAAUACGCGAAGUUCCAGCGGCAGCAUAUCGACGAGCUGUCGCACCCGCCGUUCAGUGAUGCCUACUGCAACACGAGGAUGAAGAAGCAGAAGAUGACCACUCCCAAGUGCAAGGACUUCAACACCUUCAUUCACUCAGAUUUAGCAACAGUAAAAGCUGUCUGCACACGGACUGGGACUAAGAGGCCCAACAACAGGUAUUACAGCAACGACAGCUUCUCUGUCACUGACUGCAAAUUUAUAAGAAAGGACCCACGGCAAGGCUGCAUGUACAAGGCAACCACCUUGUCCCGGAGGAUUUGCAUAACCUGUGAGCAAGUCCAGGGAGCUGGACUGGCACCUGUCCACUAUGGCAGCUACAAAUAGUGCUUCCCAAGUAGCCAGGGGUGGGGCAGGCCUUGACCCCACUGCCCACAUCCAAAGUUAGCCCAUGGGGCUGCUGCCCAUCUCUCCCCUCUUUGGUCACGCUACUGGUUAUUUCAUACCUAGUAUACAGAACGGCACUCCCAGCCCAUCCGUUCUCCUCUUCUGGCCCCUAGUGCCCAAUAUACAGAACAGCAUCUCCCCUCCCCGCCCAAAUCCAGAGGCAGCAGGAACGUGCAGCCAAUCCUCCAGCAUCCU